AAAAGACCCUCAACUCUGGCAGACAGCAUCAAAACCCAACUUGCAAUUCCUUCAAUAACAUCUAAAGAAUCAAAUCAACCUUCCAAAAAUGUUCAAGCUACUCGUUGUUCUCUUCGCCGCCCUCUUUGCUGUUGCAGUAGCUGGACCGGCGCCCGUUGCUCGUGCUGCUCCUGCUCCAGUUCCGGUUGCCAGCCCAGAACCGUCGCCUCAGUUCUACUAUGGCGCCAGUCCCUAUGCCUACUCCGCCUACUCUGGCUAUGCAUCCCCGUACGCGUAUUACGGUUAGAAGACCUCUCGUCCAACGAUAAACGACGGCGAAUUAAACCUGGACUAGUAAUAAUGGACAUGGAAAAUACGCACGCUGGCAAUUCUAGUUAGGUUUUAGUGAUAGAUGCUUAUGAAAACAAAAAAAAAAAA